AGAAAACAAUGAGAUAGCAGUAAUGUGAUAAGCACACUGCGGCCAUGGCGUCUGCUGGACUACACUAAUUAACCGGCGAUGACAGCCGGAUUAACUGUGAACCAGAGCCGACUCUUACACAGUUUACAGACUGUCCUGUGUUAAAACUGGAUGUUUCCACCUCUGCUCGUCUCCUAACCUGGGCCCAGGAUGUCUAAACUACCUGGAAAUGCGGGGGUGGCGGUGCUCGGGGAUAAGUCUCUGGAGUUCUACCGGGACCCAGUGAGCUUCUGCCGGCAGAGGGUCGACAAACACCGGGGCAGAGUGUUCCAGAGCCGGCUACUGAACAGACCGACCGUCUUCGUGUGCUCCGUGAGGGGCAUGAGGGAGCUGCUGUGGGAGAAGUCAAACAUGUUUCUCAAGGAUCCGACUGAUUUGAUGACCAACAUGUAUGGAGAUACAGUCGUAACCACCAAUGGUGAAGAGGCGUGUCUUCUCCGUCUGUCCUUAACCAGCCUGUUUACAGGAAGCUGUUUAGAGUCUUCAAGGGAUUAUAUCACCAGUGUGUGUGAGCGUUGUCUGAAGGAUCUUUCCCUCAGGCAGCCAAAGUGUAUCUACUCAGCAUUCAAGAGUUUGGGGACAGAGUUGGUUUUGGGUCUCUUUCUGAAUGUACAAGCAGAGGAACAGCCUGAACUUUUCCAGGAGAUCACACACCUCUGUACGCUGCACUGGCACGGUCUGAUCUCCGCUCCAGUAAACGUUAAAGUUCCUAUGUGGUCGUCAGGUUUCUCCACAGCUCUUGAGGCCAGAGCCAAACUAAUGGACAUCAUUAAAGAUAAACUGGAAAAUGACAAACAGGGUUUUGUUGGUACUCUUGGAUCUUUGCCGCUGCCCAACUCCAGCUCUGCCUCCCAACACCUCCUACUCUUCAUCUCAGCUCUGAUCCCCAAAGCUCUGGCAUCGCUGCUCACCUCCUUCACACUGGCACUCAGUGGGAAUGAACAGGAGGAGACUCGUAGACGUGCGAUGGCAGACCCUGACUACCUGCAGAGAGUUCAGCUGGAGGUGCAGAGACUGUGGCCUCCUUUCAUUGGUGGACGCAGAAUUGCUGAGCAGGACUCCAGCAUCGCAGGGUUUCAUGUCCCGAAGGGUUAUGGUGCAAUCUAUAUCAGCCACUCUGUGCAUCGAGACCCAGAGGUGUUUGAGCAGCCAGACAACUUCCUGCCGGAGAGAUGGAGCGGGAGGAAUGCAGGCCAGGAGCACCUGCUCUGUUCUUUCGGCAGUGGGCCCAGGAGCUGCAUUGGAUCUAAACUCACCGAAGUCUUCCUCAAGGAAGUGUGCAUGUACCUGUUAAAGCACUAUGACUGGUGUUUGGACCCCCCAUCGCAGGACCUUGAGUACAAAUGGCUGCCUGUUUCUCGCCCCGCCAACCCCCCCACCAUCUCCUUCACCCGACUGGAUCAGACCAGAUCUGACGGGAACCACACUUGCUAGGGAAGCCCGGUACGUGCAGUGAUGAACCUGCUGAUAAACGGAGAGAAGAACAAAAAAUGUACAACCACAUGAAAAACUGUAGCUUUAGGCCAAAUGUGUCUGUCAGAUUGUGCAGUCAAAGCUGGAAAAUAUCUGAAGACACAGAGGGAAGCCGGUAAACUGCGAGGCUUUCCCCUGCUGCGUAUUAUACAGUAAUCAUCGCGGGGAAAGCCGACGAGUGUGCUCCUUUCACUCUGUGUGUUCCUCUGCCAGAUAUUCAGCAGCUUUCCUGUAUGCAUCUGCAACACAACACAGCACAAAUGAGUCAUUAUAUUUUUCAUAUUGUUCAAUAUUUUUGCACUUUUUAAGUUUCUCAUGUAAUUCCAGUUAGAAAUGAUUCAUUGGAGGAUGAAACAAUCUGACCCCAUUAACCUAUCAGUAGGAUCACAUCUAUCCUAAAUUCAGUCUCUGUAACUUUUCUCCUCACUUUGCAGUAUGUGUUCUGUUAAAUCAAAGAAAACACACACGCUCUUAAAAAGUGAACCUUCAGAUUCCAUCACUGACUGCAAACCUGUCUCCCCUCACCCCCUAGCAACCACUGCUUAGCAACAGUUCGUCAUACCGACUCUGACUUGCCUCCUUUUAGUAUGCAAGUCUUACACACACAAAAACACACACUCAGACCUGGUUAUUUUUGAAAGCGCGCAGUUGGCAGCGAUACACGCCGCAUCCGAAUCACAUGGAAACGAUGCCAGAAGGUGUUUUAAGAGAGCACGCCUACAUCUGAAGGAGACUCUGUAGCGCAGGAGCCAUAGGAAUUAUUAUUAUUAAUAUUAGUCAUAAAUCUAGAAUUGUUUUAGUUGCAUAUUUUUUAAUAAUUAUGCAGGUUACAUUUGCUUGUGUCCGAUGUUGUUUUUGAGUUCUUCAUGUAAUGUUUGUAUUUUUAGAGACAGUACUCAUCCCACUCAGAUAACACUCAGCCAUGUUGCGUAUGUUGUUAUUUUUGAGUGCGGUUGCUUAAUUUUUAGAAGAAAUAAGACUAUGAAAUGUAAAUCUAUCGCUGUUUUUUGAUGACCUUUAAAUAUGAUUAGUUAUUUUGUCAGUUUAAAUGUAACAAUAACAAUGUUUUGCUGAUUUGACUCUUGUAUCUAAAAAGAGAAAUUUUUAUAUAUUGUUUCUUUAUUAAAACUUCAUUGAAAUCAUUGAAAUCUUGAUUAAUACGUACAUCCUUUACUAAUCUUACAUUCCUUUCAUGGUAAAUCUUUGCACCAAAGUCCAAAUGCUGAUUGUUAAUAAGUCAAAAGCGCAUUCCCUGCUGCAUAAUAAAGGAUUUAAAGCCUCAAUAAAUCUUGAUUUAGAUGCAGAAGCUGGGAAAAACAUAGUUAAAUGUCAGUAAGUGAACAGUUAAUAGCUAGAAGAUACAUUCAGAUGUAAAGCAUGUGUGAAUCUUAAUGAACCAGCUGAAAAAAAUCUUAGCAAAGGUUGUUUCUUAACACUGUAGGCAAUUUAGGUCAAUAAAUGCGAUGAACUGGCGAAAUGUCCAGGGUGUACCCCGCCUUCGCCCGUAAGUAGCUGGGAUAGGCUCCAAGUGACCCCCGUGACCCUAGUGAGGAUAAAGCGGAUUCAGAAAAUGAUGAUGAAAUAUAAUCAUCAUUAAUCUUUUAUAAACAACCCCAGCUUUCAUUAUCUUUCCUUAAGCAGUCAAUAAACUCUUAACAGCCUUCUUUUAUGUGUAUAAAUGUCUUAUAAGCUCAAAAUAAUAUUUUAUGAUAUAGAUAAUAACACCUGUACAAUCCAAUAAACACAUAAUAUUAAUAAUAAUCGUAUCAGAGUCUAUUACAUAUAAAGUAGUGUUUAUUACCAGAGCAUUAACGUCAUAUAUUCACUGUAUACUGUAGGUGUUUCAGUGUCUUCAUCAUUAUGACCACUGUGCUGAAGUUGAACCUCCACAUGAGUGCAGAUCAGUUUCUCUAAGCUGUGCAUCCAAAAAGGCAAUAACCCUAUUAAGCUGUUUACAUGGCUUGUGAAAGACAAUGCUUUACAAAUAUUUCUUGUGAACAUAAGAGUUUUCCCACUGGUGACAGGCAUUCACAUGUGCAUGCACUGACUCCGAAACAUCUGAAAAAUGUAGGUCAACAUUUCUGUCCAAAUGCGAAGGACCUUGAAAAUAAAGAUCAAUGUCAGUGCCCAAAGAACUUGUUCAAAGCUUCCCAAGUUGCACCUAAACACCAAAGAGAUCAGAUGAUUUGGUCCAAGACUUAUCCGUUACCAGGUAAUGUUCCAAAAAUGUUCACGGAAUAAAUGACAUGUCACAUAUCACAUGUUUAAGCACUCUUUCUAUAUUAAACCAAGCUCUGUUGAUAUUCCCUAAGCAUAUGGUGUCAGUGAGUAAACCUAAUUAAAAACCUAAUUAAAAAAAAGUUGAAUAUUGUUUGUGGCAGACACAGCUGUUACUAUAGCCUCAGUCGAAUCCCAAACGUACCAAAAGUGGUUAAAAACCCAUGAUGUUGACACGCAUGUAUAUAAAGCGUGUUGUUAUGAAAUGUUUACAUAUCUGUGGUUUGUGAAAACAGCGCUAACAUUUUAUUCUGGAGACCAGGUGGGAUACACUUAAGUUGUAGAAGUCAAAAGGAGGAGGAGGCUGAUGUAUUAAUACCUACAGACGACAGAUUUCGACUCAGAUGGUGAAAUAUUAGUUAUAAAAUCUUGUCUUUCAUGUUGCACCAAUGCUACCAUUAGGAGCAGGUUUUCCUAUUUUCCUUUGUGUUAGUUGUUCAGCCUUUUCUUUUUGGAUUAAUUGGUGGUUUCAUGUGUCUUUUAGGAAUUAUUUCUUUGUAAGAUAAUAACAUUAACUUAACUACCGAUAUUCUGACUUGGUGUAAAUGUUGUUAGAUCACUUUGUUAGACCUUUCUGUGGAAAUGGAACAUUCUCAUAUUUUCUUCUCUUUGCGUGGCAGGUCUUACUUAAGCUGUAGUAGGAGGUUGUUUACUUUAUUAUGUAACAUUUUUGACAAGAUGCUACUUCACGUCAGCUACCUCUUUUGGACAUUGUUACAUAAUGUUUGUUUGGAAAGAGGUAUCCGUUUCCAUCGCAGCCUCUUGGAAGCAUCGACACUGAAGGAGGUUUUACACUUACAAAAUUAGCUCUCUGUGGCUGCAGAUUGGUGGGUGAAAUGAGACAAAAUGAAACAAGGGUUCUUUGCAUUUUGUAUCAUUUUCUGCUAUAAAUGUAAUAUUGUAUUUAUGCCUCCCUGGCACAACAUUCUUGACAUUCAUUGAGAAUUCACCGGGCUACUUUAUGGGUCAGCUGAUUUUUUAAUUAACCCUUAAAAUGUGAAAGGUCAUCCACAGGGAACCUAUUUACACCCAAAUAAUUUUUUAAUAUGUCACAUUAUAAACUAGAAGAUAUUUGGAGUUAAAGACUUUUAGAAUUGCGGAGAUGCAGCUGUAUGUCACAUUUCAGAGCCUAUUAAUGUAAAGAACACUAAUGGACUAAAAAUGUUAUGAUGAUAAAAUGUUUCAUAUCAGACAGAAACUACAGCAGGUCAUGAAAUUAGAAUGAAAACAUUAAUUUCCACAGAUUUUUUUUGGUUUUGAGUGAAAGUUAAAGAAACUAUUUAGUUGUGAUAAGAUGAAGAAAAUGUAACAAAACAUAUUGAGACACACCAAGAUGAAAACUAUUUUAUUUUUUAAAUUUAUUUUAUUGGUUUAUUUAGGACCAUGCAUAUUUAUGAACAUUGUUGUAUAAAAAAUACACCCAUGUAAAUAUGGCAGAUUUAGCAAAAAUAACUACUUUUCAUCUGCAGCCCCUAGGCAGGUGACAGAACAAGACAUAAAACAGCCAACACUGAUACAGCACUCAUUCACUAUGAAUUAAAAAUUAACAAGUACACAUAAUUAUGACAUAGACAUCAUCAAAACAAACAAA